AUGGGAAAUAGUUUAUCACAAUAUGCAAGAGAUAGAAUGUACUUGUGUAAAAAGGAUGGAGCAACUGAUUUGAAUCUGUCUAGUUGCGAGAUUAAGAAGCUUCCAAGAGCUAUUCUAAAGUUUAAAAAGACAUUGACCAAGUUGAAUGUUGGCAAGAACUUCUUGACAGAGUUUAAUAGUCAGAUUGAAAAGUUCUUACUUCUUCAGACACUGAUUGCAGACUCUAACGAGCUCACAGAGACCAUUCCAACAUUGUCAAAGCUCGAACACCUCAUCCACCUCGACAUUAGUAACAACCUCUUGACAAACGUACCCAACCACCUCAAGCACUUGCAACACCUCAACAUCUCGAUCAACUCGAUCAACUCGUUCCCUCGCGAACUGGAUCUUCCAGCACUACAGGAACUCUUUUACGCACACAACAAGGUAUCGAUCUUUCCCACUGAAAUAUUGGAGCUUCGCAACUUGCGUACUCUCGAUCUUGCAGGCAAUCGACUCAACUAUCUCCCCGACGAGAUUUCAUCGUUGGCUGCCACUCUCCAAGCGUUGGAUCUUUCCGAGAACCAAUUCACCUCUUUUCCUCCUCCCAUCACUACACUCACCGCUCUGCGCUCCCUGCGUUUGGCCGGUAACCAAUUGGGACAGUUGACAUCGGUCUUUACCAACCUCUCCAACCUCGAGGUCAUUGACUUUUCCGAAUGCCAAUUGACUUCUUUUGAUUUUGAUCUCUCCAAGUUAGUCGCUCUCACCGACCUCUCCCUCGCAAGAAACAGAAUCUCCGAGCUUUCCAGCCAAACAGCCAUCUCACUUGGUCAACUCAAACUCAUGCGUUUCCUCGACCUCUCCAAAGGUACUUUCAACUCUAUCCCAAAACAAGUUGGUUGGCUCUCUAAUCUUCGUCGUCUCAACGUUUCAGAAAACCAAAUAACAAAACUCCCUGGAGAAUUAUCACUUUUAAAUCCUUCAAUUGAUAUGAUUUUAAUUCCAAAUCCUUUAGAAUAUCCAUCAUGUGAAUGGAUAAAAGAUGGUAUACCAUUAUUUUUACAACAUAUUAAACCAUAUAUGAGAGCAUAUGGACCAAAUAGUAAUGUAUAUAAUUUGGAAAAGACAAUGUACGCAAUGGCACCAAACCAAUUUAAUAUUAGGGCCAUGGACUUUGAAGGAAAACCACGUAUUAGUGGCAUGGACAAGUUUGAAGUGAGAAUGUUGUUGGACGGUGCUUCAUCGCCAUCACUUGACGCACCAACACGAGCUUCUCAUCACAGCAGCACCUUUUUCCGCACCAUCGAUUGUAUUGUAAAGGAUAACAAAUCAACCGAACCAGGAACCUACACUGUAUUUUUUAAUUCCCCUCAAACUGGUAGUUAUGUACUCUACAUUACUACUGAUGAUCUUCCAAUCAAAGAUUCUCCAUUUUUCGUUGAAUUGGUUUCAAAACCUCAAGCUCAAUUACCAAAUGAACAACAACAAGAAUAA